AAUCACAUGACAGCCCUCCCAUAUAAAAGCUUAUGGUUGCAUCUGGUAGAUGUUUAGCAGUUAAGGAUUGUAAAAUGGCUGUAAUCGAGUCACUUCUGCAGUUUCUCAGCGCAGGUACAUUACUGGGCGCUUUGCUGUUGAUUCUGGUUUUGUAUUCGCUUUCCUCUGGAUCCAGAUCUCAGAAAGAGGGGAAAGAGCCACCGGGACCCAAACCACUGCCGCUGCUGGGGAACCUGCUGACCCUUGACCUCAAGAGACCCUUUGACGCCUUUUGUGAGCUGUCCAAAACAUAUGGAAAUAUGUUCCAAGUGUUUUAUGGUCCUAAAAAAGUUUUGGUACUAGUUGGAUACAAAACAGUUAAACAAGCACUUGUGAACUAUGCAGAAGAGUUUAAGGACCGGGAUAUUAUGCCUGGAUUCUGGAUAGUAUCCAAAGGACAUGGAAUCCUCUUUUCCAAUGGAGAGAACUGGAAAGAGAUGCGACGAUUCGCUCUCAGCAACCUGCGGGACUUCGGGAUGGGCAAGAGAGGAAGUGAAGAGAAAAUCAUAGAGGAGAUUCAGUAUCUGAAAGGAGAGUUUGAUAAGUUUGAAGGGAAAGCCUUCGACACAACACAGCCUGUGAACUACGCUGUGUCAAACAUCAUCUCAUCUAUUGUGUACGGCAGCAGAUUUGAAUACACAGACCCUCGAUUCACAGAAAUGGUCGACAGGACAAAUGAAAAUAUUCAGAUUAGUGGAUCGGCUUCUAUGAUGCUUUACAAUACAUUUCCGUGGUUGGGUCCGUUCCUCAACAGCAAAAGGAUUAUUGUCAGAAAUGUGUUGAAAAAUAGAGCAGAAAUGACUAAGUUGAUCAAUGGGCUGCUGGAGACUCUGAAUCCACAGGACCGCAGAGGAUUUGUCGACUCCUUUCUCAUCCGCAAACAGAGUGAUGAGAAGGACUCGCACUUUCACCAGGAGAAUCUUCUUGCAACAGUGGGAAAUCUGUUUGCUGCUGGUACUGACACAACAGGAACGACUCUGCGCUGGGGUUUGAUGCUCAUGGCCAAAUACCCUCAUAUACAGGAUCGAGUUCAGGACGAGAUUGACGGAGUGAUCGGUCGACGUCAGCCAGUGGUGGACGACAGGAAGAAAUUGCCGUAUACAGACGCUGUGAUUCAUGAAACUCAGAGGCUGGCCAACAUAGUGCCCAUGAGUCUCCCUCAUAAGACCAGCUGUGAUGUUCACUUCAAUGGAUACUUCAUCAAAAAGGGUACCCCUGUCAUUCCUCUGCUGACGUCUGUUCUGAAGGAUCCAAACGAAUGGGAGAAACCGAACAGCUUUUACCCAGAACACUUCCUAGAUGAGAAGGGCCAGUUUGUCAAGAGAGAUGCUUUCAUGCCCUUUUCUGCAGGUCGAAGGAUUUGUUUGGGAGAGAGUUUGGCCAGUAUGGAGCUCUUCCUGUUCUUCACUUCCCUCCUUCAGAGCUACCGCUUCACAACUCCACCUGGAGUGUCUGGAGAUGACCUGGAUCUCAAAGGAAUAGUCGGAGUCACGUUGAAUCCGUCCCCACACAAGCUGUGUGCUAUCAGACGCUCCUGAUACUGGAUGAUCAAAACAGAAACAAUAUAUUUUACCUCAUUUUAAAUAAGAACUGGCAUUUGUUCUGAUUAAAUUCACAAAAUGUAAAUAUGUGAAAAACUUGCAAACCUUCUGCAAAAUCACUUCUGACUUUUUUAUUGCAUAAAACUCCUUGAGCAGCAGGUGCAUUCUGUGUUUGUUAAAUUUUUUAUGUUAAAUUUUAUCAUAAAAAAGGUAAUUAAAAAAAAAUGUAUGUUUUGUUUUCACACAAAAAUGAACCUCCUUUAAUAAAAUAACAUAAGCACAACUAUGUAAGACAAGAUUCGAUUUUAAAUAAUAAAAAAUUGAAGUGAAAUAAAAAAGGAUAAUCUCCAAGAUAUAUUUUCUUAAAAUAAACUUUUUGCUUAAUAUAAUUUUGUUUCUCACUUAUAUUCUCAUCUAUGCUGAAAUUUGUAAUUGCGAGGUCUACUAACUGAGCCAUGCUAACCAGCGUGCUGAACAUUAGUCUGUUUACUGGUGGAUAAAAAUGUAUCAAAUUGUUUCUGAUUUGCUGGAACAACACAAAAUGUCUUGCAAGAUAAAAAUGCUCUGUUAAUCUUUGCAAUUUGACAGAUUUUAUGCUAUUAUUCCACAUUAAUGAAAACAUAUUUGACAUACAAAAGCCUUGUCAAUGAUUC